AGGUUUUGAAGUUGGGUUUAGGGUUCUGCAUAGUAAAAUCUUGAGGUUGAAUAGUUAAUCUAAUGUAAUAUAAAUGUGUUGAUAGGAUGGUUUGAAAAUAAAAUUGAUUUUUAAUGUGAUAUAUCUAAUAAAAAAAAGGGUAAAAAGUUUAAUUUGAUGCUUUCAGGGAAGAAUUAAUAAACAGUAAAAUUUGAGUUGGAAUCUCACAAACAAACACAGCCUAUUCUCUAAGUCAGUUGUGGAACUACUUUAUGGCCGUGAUAAUUGCAAAUUACUUUCUUGUUCCUGUUACUCUACCCUCUUUUAUAGUUACAACCAGUUUGGAAAGAAAAGAAUUGUUGGCAUACAUCAACAGAGAAGCUUUAAAUUGUUUAAAGAGUUUGAUCAAGUGAUGCUUCUGGAAAAAAAACACACCAAUAAUUGUUUGUGUUAGGUGACAGGGUUUAAUGUGACCGGCUGCCUCUACGGACAUGUCGAGCAGUCUGAUGACCUCUCCUAAUCUCGGGCAUGCUGAUAGUGUGGAUGCAAAAACCAUUUCAAAACUCAGCACUCUUUUGGUAGCUUCAAUACAGGAUGCAAAAGACAGGAUCUCUCAGAUAGAAUUCAUCUUUUGUAAACAGCUUUAUCCAAAGGUUCACUAUAAUUGUCAGAGCUUUCAGAAAAUUUAUUCUGAAGCAAAGGUGGCUUCAGAAAAAGCAUAUGAAGAAAAGGAGAAAGACCUGCUGCUCCAGAUUAAGAAACUUCAAUGUGAAAACCAGCAUAUGUUGAACGAAAACCAAUUGCUGAAGUCGGAGAAGGCGACAUCUAUUAGCAAUGAAAAGCAAUUGUGCAGCCGUCUUGAGGAAUUUCAGCAAGACUUGAAACAGAAAAAUACUGAAAUAAUUGAGGUCAAGGGAGUGCAUAAAAAUCUACAAAAGGAAAUAAAAGAGCUCCAAGAAAAAAAUUGCAUGCUCGAGAAUAUGCUGAAGAAGCUGGAGUUUGAAACUGGAGAAUUGCAACUAGAGCUAAAUAAGAAAUCUGAGGAGGUUGAUUUCGAAAAGGAGCUGAAGAUCAAGUGUUUGCAAGCACAUGAGUUGAAUGUCUCUUUGAUGACACAGAAAGACCUUCAAUUGAAGGAAUACAAAGAGCAAACGAAUGGACUCAUAUCCAAGCUUCAAAGCACGGAGAAUCAGGUUAACGGGCUGCUUCAAUUACUCAAAAACAAGAGUGAAGAAGUAUGCAAAGGAAAGGAAUUGCAUGAAGAUUUGCUAAAAAGGAUUGAACUCCAAGCCUCAGAAAUGAUGAGCAGCAAACAAGUGUCGGAUAGAUAUGAGAAGGAGAAUAAGCUUCUUGUAGCAAAAAUUGAGACUUUGAUGAGUCUUGUUGACGAGCUUGAAAGAGAACUAGGAAACGAACCUGUUGAACUUCAGGAGAGGAGAAAAGUGCCACUGCAGCUAAUCAAACAGAUUCAUUCAUCUCAUUCAGAGAGGAUUAAGAGGGAGCCCGGUUUGGAUGAGCUUGAGGAGGAGAGGAAACAACUUUUGGAUAAACAGACAAACUUGCAAGAUAAAGUUGAUGAGCUUCAGUGUUGUCUCUUUGAGAGAAUGAAACAGUCUUCUCUUCAAAUUGCAGCUAAAGAUUCUGAACUACAGAAUGAAAAGAGUAAAAAUAGAUAUAUUGUUGCUUCAUAUAAGAAUUUAAAAUCGCAAUACUGCUUCCUCUUAAAGAAAUCAAAUCUUACGGAAGAAAACAUGCUGUCAGCACCAAUUGACAAAAUGGAAGACGAAAGCAAAAGAAAUAUUUUCAGCGAGACUCCAUUGAUAUCACUCGAAGCUGAGAAUAAUGGUUCAAGAGCUCUUCGAAUACCCGGUGAUGUAACAAAACAAAUGGAUGUAGAAGCAGAAACACCCGAUGUGAAGAGAGGAGUCAUAUCCAUAAAAAAUUCUAGUCCCAUCUCACCAUCUACUUCGAUCCCUCCAAAUUCCCCCACCAAUACAAAACCUUGCUCCACAUCUGGUGCAAAACGCCCUCUUUCAUAUUGGAGGGACACUAGAUCACAUCAGAGCCGACUGGGACCUGAUCCCCACGACGAUUUCCUGGAUACUCCUCUGGAGAACAUGAGAAAGAACUUAGGAAAGAUCAUGGAGGAUCUCCAGGAACCUGCCCCGGAAAACAUGAUCCACGGCAACUCUGAUGAUGAAACACAGGACAUGAAAGCAGAUGCUGGACCUCCAAAACUGUGUUCGCCGCCUCCUAAGGCUGGAACGUCCGGUUUUAAAUAUGUGGAGCCGGUGAGAAAGAAAGCCGAGAGGGACAAUCUGAAGGGUGUUGAGUGCAACCAGUGCAAGAAGUUCUAUGAUGCUGUUCUCGACGAUGCAGCUGCAGGAAGUGAUAAGAAGAACAUACGGUGUGAGCAUCACGAUGGAGUGUCGAGGCAUCGGUAUAGGUACGCACCUCCUAUGACUCCUGAAGGCUUUUGGAAUAUUGGAUUUGAAUCUGAAAUGGAGUAGCUUUCUUACCAUAGUUUGUUCUAUUCAUUCAUGCCAUGAAUAACAGGGAGAGUUUAUAUGCGGGUAAGGACAUUGAUGGUUUAUUAAUUUGAGAUUUUUUAUUUUUA